AUUAAAUGAUGAAGACUCCAAGCAUUUGUUCCCCUUUAUUUGCUCUUCUUGUAAUCUUCUCAUGUUCAUGGGCAGUUUCUUCUGAUGGAUAUGAUGAUUUUAUUCAAUGUAUGUCCCUUCAAUCAAACAAUGACUCUUCCAUUUCCAAUGUUGUUUAUACCCCAAACAAUACUUCAUACUCAUCAAUCCUAAAUUUCUCCAUACAAAACCUUCGAUUCACGUCAGAAACAACACCUAAACCAUUACUCAUUGUUACCCCCGUGCAAGAAUCCCAAAUUCAACCCAUCAUAUAUUGCGCCAAAGAAAAUGGAAUGCAAAUACGGGUUCGAAGUGGUGGCCAUGAUUAUGAAGGACUUUCAUAUGCAUCAGAAGUCCCUUUUGUCAUACUUGAUCUUUUCAACUUAAGGGAAAUAAGUGUUGAUGCUGAUAACAAAACUGCAUGGGUUCAAUCCGGUUCAACCAUCGGGGAACUAUACUAUAGAAUUUCGGAGACAAGUCAAACCCUAGGAUUUCCUGCUGGUGUUUGCCCUACCGUUGGAGUUGGGGGGCAUUUCAGUGGAGGAGGGUAUGGAGCAUUGUUAAGAAAAUAUGGGCUUGCAGCAGAUAAUAUAAUUGAUGCGCGCUUGGUUGACGUGAAUGGAAGGAUUCUCGAUCGAAAAUCAAUGCGUGAAGAUCUCUUCUGGGCCAUAAGAGGAGGUGGAGGUGCUAGUUUUGGAGUCAUUCUUGCUUGGAAGAUACAAUUGGUCGAUGUUCCAGAACAAGUCACUGUGUUUACAAUUAACAAGACCUUGGAUCAAAAUGCAACAAAUAUUGUUCACCGAUGGCAAUACAUCGCACACAAAUUCAACGAGGAUUUGUUCAUUGGAGUCUAUAUUAGAAGGGUCAAUUCAAAAUUGUUUUUUGAAGAGGAAGCUGAGGAAGCUGAGAUGAUAUUGAGUCCAUAUGGUGGAAGAAUGGAGGAAAUUUCAGAUUCUGCAAUUCCCUUUCCUCACAGAGCUGGUAAUUUGUACAAAAUCCAGCACUUGGUGUAUUGGGAACAAGAAGAGAUAGAGGCAUCAGAUAAGUAUAUAAAUUGGAUUAGAAAGCUUUACAGUUACAUGGCUCCUUAUGUUUCAAGAUUUCCAAGGGCUGCAUAUAUCAACUAUAGAGAUCUUGAUAUUGGAGUUAAUAACAAGGGCAAUACAAGCUAUGCACAAGCCAACAUUUGGGGGAUCAAAUAUUUCAAGAAUAAUUUCAACAGAUUGGUUCAUGUGAAAACCAAAGUUGAUCCUGCUAAUUUCUUCCAGAAUGAACAAAGUAUUCCGUCCCUCUACUCAUGGUGGAACAAAAAUGGGAAAUAAGAUUCCCGGGGAAACUAAAUUCUACACUUUUAUGUUAUUUGUACUUAAUAAAUAUGUUCCCGAUAGAUUUUUAUUACUAUGAUUUGCACAUUAGAUAAGUUGGUGUAGUUUGUGUCAAUAAAGAUCAUUAUGUAAAUGUACGUUUAAUAAUAAAGGAUACCAUUUUUAGUAAAUUUGAAGAGGA